AUGUAUGCAAACGGACCACCUAUCACUCCUGAUGCUCCUCGUCGAAAAGAUUCAGCUUUGGGUCAACUAUUAUGUAUAGGUUGCACGAUAUUUGUUCUAUUCUUAGUAGCAGCUACUAUUGUUCUUGCAUUGAUACCACUUUAUUUACCAAAAAAAACUGUAACACCAAGUGAAUAUAGUCAAUAUUAUUAUGCCACUGGUGAUUAUAGUGGUUCAUUAGGUAAUGAUGGGCCAUUAAGUCCAGCAGCACGUCAAAAUAUUACACGAGCGAUGGAAGAUAAACUUGGCUUACCACCUGAUUCAGUUGAUAUGGAUUCAGCUUCAGUUGCAUCAACAUCAAGUGAACGUAAACGACGAGGAUAUGAUGUUGCAAGAUUUCGUCGUUAUAGACCAUCACGUAGAUUACAACGACUUUAUAUGAGUUUUCGACUACGUCGUAGAAGAUGUUUUGAAUGUUCACUACGUUUUAGAAUCUUUAGUAUAAGUUAUACAUUUGAGAUCGAUGGAAUGGUAUUUACAUUGGUUAUUACUAUAAAUAUUCGUGUAAUAGGUUUUACAAUGCCACCAACCCUUCCUCCUCUUACUUCAACAAUUCAAACGAAUACAACUACAACAACAUACUUUAAUAUGUCUUAUACUACAAAUGUAAUCGGUUAA